AUGGACGCCAACUCAAUGAGCUACGAGCUGAAAAACACUGCUAAGCAGUCGGAGGAGGCUCCGCUGGAGUCGUACAACAGUCUAGAGGUUAUCAAGGAAAAUUCGGAGGAGCUUCCGUCCUCCAGAGAAGGACUUUUCCACCGUAUGGUGGACUCGUUCAAGAGACCAGUCAACCACGAAUCCGGGUCCGGAGAAUUUGGAAACUCACAGGACGAGUACGAAAGGUCCCACGAGGUCAACGAAAGUCACAAACACAAGUCUCUAAAGCAGAACAUUCGUCCCAGACAUGUGCUGAUGAUGUCACUUGCCACGGGCAUCGGGACCGGUCUGCUGGUUGGUAACGGUAAAUCGCUGAACAGUGGUGGGCCCGCUGCGUUGGUUAUCGGGUACGUGAUUGUGUCGACCAUGCUGUACUGUGCGAUCCAGAGUGCGUCGGAACUGGCCAUCAGCUACUCGUCGUUGUCCGGCGGUUUCAACGCUUACCCAGCCCUUUUGGUGGACCCGGCGUUUGGCUUUGCCGUAGCGUGGGUUUACUGCUUGCAAUGGAUCACCGUGCUUCCCCUGGAGCUUGUCACGGCCUCAAUAACGAUCAAGUACUGGAACGACACAAUCAACCCGGACGCGUUUGUCGUGAUCUUCUACGUGCUUCUUGUGUCGAUCAAUUUCAUUGGAUCUUCUGGGUAUGCUGAGGCCGAAUUUUUCUUCAACAGCUGCAAAGUCCUGAUGAUUGCCGGGUUUUUCAUUCUGGGUAUCAUAAUCAACUGUGGCGGUGCAGGAAACUCGGGAUACAUCGGGGCUCGCUACUGGCACAAUCCUGGCGCUUUCAGAGGCAAAAACGAUAUCAACAAGUUCAAGGGCUUGGUGUCGGUUCUUGUCAAUGCUGCGUUUGCGUACGGUGGUGCUGAGUUUUCCGUGCUAACCGCCGCAGAACACUCGAACCCGCAGAAAUCGAUUAGAAGUGCAUCCAAGAAACUGGUGUACCGAAUUGUGGGUAUCUACUUGAUGACAGCUGCUCUGCUUGGCUUUUUGGUGCCUUGGAACUCUGAUGAGCUGUUGGGAUCUGGCGGCAGUGCCACGCACGCGUCUCCCUUUGUCAUUGCAGUUGCCUCACAUGGUGUGAGAGUGGUCCCCCACUUCAUCAACGCUGUCAUCUUGCUUUCGGUUCUUUCCGUUGCCAACUCUGCUCUGCAUUCGUCUUCGAGAAUUCUGCUGUCGCUGUCGGAGCAGGGCUUUGCUCCCAAAUUUUUGAACUACAUCGACAGAAGAGGCAGACCGGUGUUUUGCCUGAUAGUCGCUUGCAUUGUGGGAGGAAUGUCGUUUGUAGCGGCGUCUCCCAAGGAAGAAACAGUGUUCACUUGGUUAUUGGCCAUAUCUGGUCUAAGUGAAUUGUUUACAUGGUUUGCCAUCAGUCUCUCGCAUGUGCGGUUCAGAGCUGCGCUUAAGGCGCAAGGCAGAUCCUUGGAUGAGUUGGGUUACAUACCAUGGACAGGGCUAUGGGGUGCAUACUACUCGAUGAUCUUGAUCGUGGCGAUUUUGAUCGGCCAGUUCUGGAUUGCCAUCUCGCCUGUUGGCAGCAACAAGCUCGACGCCAACAACUUUUUUGAAAAUUACCUGGCAAUGCCCAUGUUGAUUGUGCUUUAUUUUGGAUACAAGGUGUGGAAGCGCGACUGGCGGUUGUUAAUCCCAGCCAGGGAAAUCGACUUGGUGAAGGACAGAAAGAUCUUUGACGCCGAGAUUUUGAGACACGAGAGCGCUGAAGAGAAGGAAAGAAUCCGUCACUCGUCAUGGGCUACGCGUAUGUCGUAUUUCUGGUGUUAG